UGGAGAGGGCCAAAUGUGAACUGCGUUGACAGUACUGGAUACACUCCACUGCACCAUGCUGCUUUGAAUGGUCAUAAGGACGUUGUGGAAGUUCUGCUGAGGAACGACGCGCUGACCAACGUAGCAGACUGCAAAGGCUGCUACCCUCUGCACCUGGCCGCGUGGAAGGGCGAUGCAGACAUCGUGAAGCUCCUCAUCCACCAAGGACCUUCCCAUACCAAAGUGAAUGAGCAGAACAACGACAACGAGACGGCGCUGCACUGUGCCGCGCAGUACGGCCACACAGAGGUGGUGAAGGUCCUUCUGGAGGAGCUGACCGACCCCACCAUGCGCAAUAACAAGUUCGAGACUCCCCUGGACCUGGCCGCGCUCUACGGGAGGCUGGAAGUCGUGAAGAUGCUCUUGAACGCUCACCCCAACCUUUUGAGCUGCAACACGAAGAAACACACGCCCCUGCACUUGGCAGCUAGGAACGGUCACAAAACUGUAGUCCAUGUCCUCCUGGAUGCCGGCAUGGACAGCAACUAUCAGACUGAAAAAGGCAGUGCUUUGCACGAAGCUGCUUUGUUUGGCAAGACAGAUGUGGUACAAAUAUUGCUGGCUGCAGGUAUUGAUGUGAACAUAAAGGAUAACAGAGGCCUGACAGCUCUGGAUAUUGUGAGGGAGCUCCCUUCUCAGAAAAGCCAACACAUUGCAGCUCUUAUCGAAGAUUACACAGUUGGGAAGAAAAGUGCCAAAGCUGCAGAGAAGACUGUUCAAGCGCCGCUUGUUCCAGCCACCGAUCCUGUGUGCCGGCUAUCCCAGGGUGAUGUGGAGAAAGCUGUUACGGAGCUGAUCAUCGAUUUUGAUGUCAAUCCGGAAGAGGAGAGCCCGUACGAAGCUUUAUACAACGCGACGUCCUGCCACUCCCUGGACAGCCUGGCCAGUGGGAGAUCCUCAGAUCGAGAGUCUGUGAAUAAGGAGGUGGAGUCAGCCGGUCUGAAGGCAGCAGGAGUCAGGCCUAGAGAACGUCCCCCCCCGCCUGCCAAGCCUCCACCUGAUGAAGAGGAGGAUCAGCACGUGGAGAAGAUAGGCCAUGGUGCUCCCUGUGAGGCCUCUGGUACACGAGGAAAGAGCAGGGGAAGUGGAGCUGAGGAAGAGGAACACCCCUACGAGCUGCUGCUUACGGCAGAAACUAAGAAACCAGUUGCGGUGGAUAGGAAAACAAAAGACCACAGGAGGAGCAGUGGCAGCCCCAGCNNGGACUCUGCCGACGGCCAGGACAUCCAGGUUCCGGAGCAGUUUUCUGGGUUGCUUCACGGUUCUUCCCCGAUCUGUGAGAUAAGCGAGGACCCUUUCAGACUCGUUUCCUCCGUGGAGAAAGGAGGCGCGGAAGCUACAAGCCACCCACCUGCUAUGCAGCUGGAGGAUGCUGACUUACCUGCCUCUGGAUCAGUACGGACCAGCUCUCCGGACCAAAACCAGGCAGUGGUCUACGCAACCGUCCAGCACACGCACGUCAACCGGGCGGAUCCUGAAACUGUAGUCACGCCCCACGUGCUACAGCACCCCGGCGGUGCUGAGGAAGAGGGGGACCGAGCUGUGGGCAGAGCCCACCCGGGCAGCAAGCCCAAAGCCGAGCUUAAACUCAGCCGCAGCUUGUCCAAAUCGGACUCUGAUCUUCUGACCUGCUCUCCGACGGAGGACGAUGCCAUGGGGAGCCGGAGCGAAUCGCUCUCCAACUGCAGCACUGGGAAGAAGAGGCUGGAGAAGUCGCCAUCCUUCGCUUCUGAGUGGGAUGAG